CUAGGGUUCGCUCUAAUGCGACUAGAGGCUCAGCCCGUCCCAUUUCCCGGAUUAGCCCCAGAGGAAACAGACUUGCUUGGCUUUGUGUUCCCGCCGCCCUUUCGUGCGUGGCUCUGGGGCGGUAAGAAGAAACCUCUGAAGCAACCGAAGAAACAGGCAAAGGACAUGGACGAGGAAGAUUUGGCCUUCAAGCAAAAACAGAAGGCAGAGCAGAAGAAACUUGAGGAGCUGAAGACCAAAGCUUCUGGGAAAGGCCCCCUUACUGGUGGUGGCAUCAAGAAGUCUGGCAAAAAGUAGUUAAAGGCGGUAGAAGAAGCAGUCUGCUCCCAUUGGUUGCUUGUCUAUGCAAUGGAUCUGUAGAUUCAUGUAGUCAAGAAAAUUCACUGUCAUUUGAGCACCUUGUACAUUUUGCUCAGUCAAAAUAAAUUGUUUUGUUAAGA